CACACGCACACACAGUCCAAACCCCCAGAAAAGCCCUGCUGAAUCCUCACACCGUCUGUCAGCAUGGGGAGCGCUUGUUUUUCCCGGGACGUUUGUUUGUUUAUCCUCCUCAUAAAUACUUGCAGGGUGAUGGGGAAUGUCGGACUCGCAGAUGCAGACGAGUGCGCCGAGGGUUCGGACGACUGCCACAUCGACGCCCUCUGCCAGAACACGCCCAAAUCCUACAACUGCAUCUGCAAGCCGGGCUACAAGGGAGACGGCAAGCAGUGCGAGGACAUGGAUGAGUGUGAGAACGACUACAACGGGGGCUGUGUCCAUGAAUGCAUCAACAUACCUGGCAACUACAGGUGCACCUGCUACGACGGGUUCAUGCUGGCCCACGACGGCCACAACUGUCUGGAUGUGGACGAGUGUCUGGACAACAACGGCGGAUGCCAGCAAGUGUGCGUCAACACCAUGGGGAGCUACGAGUGUCAGUGCACCGAGGGCUUCUUCCUCAGCGACAACCAGCAUACUUGCAUCCACCGCUCUGAUGACGGGAUGAACUGCAUGAACAAGGACCACGGCUGCGCCCACAUCUGCAGAGAGGCCCCGGGCAAAGGCGGGGUGUCGUGCGAGUGCCGUCCUGGCUUUGAGCUGGCCAAAAACCAGAAAGACUGUACAUUGACGUGUAACUAUGGAAACGGCGGUUGCCAGCACACGUGCGACGACACGGACACGGGGCCGGUGUGCGGCUGCCACCAGAAGUACGCCCUGCACUCAGACAGCAAGACCUGCAUCGAGAAAGAUGAGGCUGCAAUUGAGAGCUCUGAGUUCAAUGCCACGUCAGUAGCUGAUGUGGACAAGCGGGUGAAACGGCGGCUACUUAUGGAGACCUGCGCCGUGAACAACGGCGGCUGCGACAGGACGUGUAAAGACACGGCCACAGGGGUGCGCUGCAGCUGCCCCGUGGGAUUCACCCUGCAGCCCGAUGGCAAAACCUGCAAAGACAUCGACGAGUGCCAGGAGAACAACGGAGGCUGCGACCACUUCUGCCGCAACACGGUGGGCUCCUUCGAAUGCAGCUGCCAGAAAGGCCACAAGCUGCUCACAGAUGAACGGACGUGCCAAGACAUCGACGAGUGCUCCUUUGAGAGAACCUGCGACCACACCUGCAUCAACUACCCUGGCAGCUUUGAGUGCUUGUGCAACAAGGGCUACAUCCUGUACGGCCUCACUCACUGUGGAGACAUUGACGAGUGCAGCAUCAGCAACGGGAGCUGCGAGUACGGCUGCGUAAACACCCAGGGCAGCUACGAGUGUGUGUGCCCACCUGGGCAGAAACUCCACUGGAACAAGAAAGACUGCAUCGAGGCGGUGAAGUGUCUGCCCAAUGGGAAGCCAGCACCCCGAGCCCAGCUGACCUGCACCAAGAGCGGCGGGGCAGAGGUCUGCUCGCUCUCCUGCCCCUCCAACGCCCUCUUCCUUGCAGACUCAGAGAACAGCUACACACUGAGCUGCGGAGUGCCGGUCCAGCCUGGUAAAGCUCCUCAGAAGAGGAAUGCCACCACUGCCUUACCCACCUGCGCCGACACCCUGGCCCCACCCAUCAAACAGAAGGCCAGGUUUAAGAUCAAAGACGCCAAGUGUCACCUGAGGCCCCGCAACAAGGAGAAACACAGAGAUUCAUCCAAGCAGAACCUGCAAGGCGGCCAGUUCCCCUGCACCGACGACUGCCAGGUCACUUUUGUCAACCUCAAGUGCGACUCGUCCAAGAAGCGCCGACGAGGACGCAAGUCUCCUUCCAAAGAGGUUUCCCACAUCACAGCUGAGUUUGAGAUGGAGAUGAAGGAGGAGGAGGCCUCAGACUCGUGUAAUGUGGAGUGUGUGCGGGAGAGGAUGAAGCAGAAACUGCAGAGUGCCAUGCGGACGCUCAGGAAGUCCAUCAACAAGCAGCAGUUCUACAUCCAGUUCUCUGGGACAGAGUAUGAGGUGGCCCAGAAACCGUCCAAGGUACCGGAGGGUGCCGAGGCCUGUAGCACGGGACAAGUCCUCCGAGACGGAAAGUGUGUGAGCUGUGGCGUGGGGACCUUCUACAGCGGAGAGCAGGAGCAGUGUGUCCAGUGUCCUCCCGGCACGUACCAGGACACGGUGGGUCAGCUGUCCUGCGAGCCGUGUCCCAGCACUGAAGGGCAGGGCAUCGCCGGGGCCAAGAACGUGUCUCAGUGUGGAGGUCAGUGUCCAGCAGGUCAUUACUCUGCCGACGGUUUCCGUCCAUGCCAGCUCUGUCCGCUGGGCUUCUACCAGCCAGAGCCAGGCCGGGUGCUCUGCUUCCCCUGUGGAGGAGGUCUCAUGACCAAGUAUGAAGGAUCCGUCUCCUUCAGGGACUGUGAGGCCAAAGUGCACUGCGCUCCUGGACACUACUACAACUCCAGCACCCACCGCUGCAUCCGCUGCCCAGCAGGCACCUACCAGUCUGAGUUUGGGCAGAACUACUGCAUCACCUGCCCGGGGAACACCACCACGGACUUCGACGGCGCCACCAAUGUCUCCCACUGCAAAAACCAGGUGUGUGGAGGUGAGCUGGGAGAAUACACGGGCUACAUCGAGUCUCCUAACUACCCCGGGGAUUACCCGUCCAAUGUGGACUGCGUCUGGACCAUCAACCCGCCGCACAAGAGGCGGAUUCUCAUUGUGGUGCCAGAGAUUUUCCUCCCCAUCGAGGAUGAGUGCGGGGACGUGCUGGUCAUGAGGAAGAGCGCCCUUCCCACAUCCAUCACCACCUAUGAGACGUGUCAGACCUAUGAGCGGCCCAUCGCCUUCACCUCCCGCUCUCGCAAGCUCUGGAUUCAGUUUAAGUCCAACGAGGGCAACAGCGGCAAAGGCUUCCAAGUUCCGUAUGUGACGUACGAUGAGGACUACCAGCAGCUGAUAGAGGACAUAGUGCGAGAUGGCAGACUCUACGCCUCCGAGAACCACCAGGAGAUACUGAAGGACAAGAAGCUGAUAAAGGCCCUGUUUGACGUGCUGGCCCAUCCCCAGAACUACUUCAGGUACACAGCACAGGAGUCCAAAGAGAUGUUCCCUCGCUCCUUCAUCAAGCUGCUGCGCUCCAAAGUCACCAGGUUCCUACGGCCGUACAAAUAGACAGGGCGUCUCCGCUGCCUGUUAAAGACCUCUGUCAUCCUGCGUCAUUCCAAGUCCAGCAACCUAAAUGUAACCCCCCCCCCCCCAAAUCGACUUCUCUCACGCCCUCCCCUCAGUACAUUGAUGUACCCUUUCUAUGACUAAACAUCUUCAUUUCCUGUACUUGUCAAAUGAUGCCUUUCUUCAGCUUUGACCCCUUUAAUCCAUCAUUAACUGACCCCCCUCCCUCCAGCUGGUGCAGCUAUUGUGUAAGGUUUGACCGAUAUGGGUUUUUGAGGGUUGGUAUUAGUAUUUUUAGAAUGUAGCAGAGGAUACCUGACAUAUAUAUUGUUUGUAUAUAUUUGUUUCUUUAAAAUUGACCAUUUUAUACCAAACGUACAAAUACUGAGUGUUUUUAAAGUAGUGAUGGUAUAGUAAAGUUUAGCAGCUCCUUAAGGCACGGUGGCUCACACAACUGUACGCUACGUCAGUGAAGGUGCAGUAUCGAUCACUGUGGAUGGUGCGUGGCCUAAUGGAAUAUUAAUACCAAAUUGAGUAUUUGUCAACAAAAUCAAAACAAUAUAAAAAUAAAGUGUCCUGUCUUAGGUCAGUUUCAGUGACAAGUAGCUCGAUCAUUAUUAUUGGUUGAUGACAGAUACAGAUACAUGACAUAAUUUGGCUUUGAUUGGUGCUAUUAGUUUUUCAUUAUUUGUUCAAGCUUUACAGAGCAGUAAUGUGCCACUACAUUGCAUAAAUGAGAAGAAGCGUGAACCCAGUUUCAGUUAAGUAUCCUUUUGGUUUGUGUAUAUCCUCUGCAAAGUGUCGUCUUUUAACUUGAAAACUAAAAAGGCAAAUCACAGAGGAAUGACAGGAGAUGAGGGAGAGAGACAGAGAUGCAACAAAGGUCCCCAACCAGACUAGAACCAGGGAUGUCACAGGAUGCCAUCUUAACCCCCGCCACAGGGCGCCACAGCAACCAAAGAAUUACAUGUGGGCUCACAACCAAGAAAUUAAAUAAAUCUUUAUAGAGCAUUAUAUUCAUUAAAGGAGACUGUUAUCACUCAAAUGUCUGGAUGGUAAAUAUGAAGCAACAGCCAGCAGCCAGUUAGCUUAGCAUAAAGUCUGGAAAUGGGGAAACAGCUAACCUUACUCUGUCCGAAGGACCACGCUGGAGCUAACUUAUCAACAUGUUGUAUCUCAUUUUAUAUAAUACAAUUUUAAAAAGUGGAAACACAGCAUGUUGUGGGUUUACCGGGGGGGGGGUGAUAUGCUGGACUAUUUCUUGGCUGGGCACAGUGUCUUCCUGGACCUUAGUGGUCCGUGUAAAAGCAGAUUUUUGCACCUUUGGACGGAUGUUUCCAGCCUUUAUGCUAAGCUAAGAUAACCUGCUGUGUGCUGUAGUUUCAUAUUUGAUGGACAGAUAUGAGAGUGGUAUUAAUCUUCUCAUCUAACUCUCGACAACAGAAGAAAUUUCCCAAAAUGUUGAAAUAACCCUUUUAAAAAAAUGUGUAAAGCAUGAAAAAGUCAUUAAUUAUGACAUUCCCAAAGUGAGUCAGUACUAUUACAAAAGUGCUACCCCCAGUAUUAAAUACAAGGCCAGCAUCAGCAAACCAGUAUAUCGGUCAAACCCUAUUUCUGCACAUCAUAUCCUACACCUUCUUCUCCCCCAGCCAUUCCCCGGUUUCCACUCCUUCAUUAAUUACUUCUUUUUUUUCUGCCAUCCUCCUUCCACUCCCUCCACCUCUCGGUUAUUUUUGCUCCGCUUUGUUUUCUGUUUUCUUGUUUUGUUCUUGUAAUAUUUAUGCUGAACAUGUCAAAGCUUGCAGAAGCCCGCACCACGGACGCUUCAGACGCGACGUCGUCCGCAGCGUGGCGUGGUGAGGCGCAUUGGCCCACACAGUGUGCAUGGAUGUAUCCCAGAUUGCAUUUCUUUAUUGGCUCCGGUGUGCACGAGACAGAGACGAGGGAACAAUCGGUGCACUUAAAACACAUUUUAACAUGGAAAAUGGUUUGAAAUGUUAAAGUGAGGAAAUGGAAACCGUUCAGCUUCGGUGGGUGCUUCAUCCACUGGAGCACAGGGAAAGAUUAAAGGGGUGAAUCAGAAAGUCUAUAUUGUAAUUUUUUAAAAAUAAUAAAAAAAGAUAUAUAACAAGAUGAGAUAAACUACCUGCAAGUAACAGAUUGUUACUUUAGAGAGAAAUGUAUGUGAUGUAACUAAUAUUUGGAACUUUAAUUGCACUUGAAUUUUAUAUUUUAAACUGUAGGAGGAAAAAGAUCUAAGUUACGUAUUUGUUACCUUUUUUGUGUUGUUUUGAAAUGUGCCACAUGUGGCGGCGACGAGAGGGAAAGACGGCUGUGUCUCCUGUUAUCGCUCCCGCUCUGUAGCUUGCAGUUACCCCCCCCAAAUCUCACAGUAGCCAGUAGUUCAAGCCCCAUGCGUUCACACUGUGAGGAGACAUUUAGGUCGGAGCUCCCGCGUCUCAGAAGCGGAGACUGUACGUUAAGCUAAUGCGCACAGAGGAAAGACAGUGUAAGCGUCGGGUCACUCGAAGCUGCCGCCACCACUACAGUUCGUCUGUGUUUUCACUGCCCAGUCCUGCUUCAUCCUGCAAACAUGGCCUAUAGCUGCCAGAGAGAAGAAGCUUCGCCGUAACGGCUUCUUGUAUGAUGGCAUUAUACAUACAUACAUACAUACAUACAUACCACAGUAUAUGCCUGUUUCUAAAAAACUACUUAAAAUAUCUGCAUUCACCCAGAUGCACUCUCUUUCCAUUAAAUAGGAAGUAUAGUGUGUAUACUAUGCUUUUUCUUUUAUAACCCAGCUAAAUGUUUCUGUGUCAUUCCAGUUGGUACUAAUAUGUCUUUGGAAUCCUAUACCGCGUAUUGAAGAUGGACUCUAUAUGUGCACAAUGCGAGUUGAAACAUGUACGGUGUGACUGGAGUGUUGGUCUGGAGGUGAAUGUAGUGGCAGGGACACAGUCGGAAUAAGAGGCAUCUCCCUUCUGAGUGUCCGUAGCACUUGCAGCUUCAACUGUGAGCUAGUGAACUUUAUCUGUGUGUUGUGUUGUUCAUAAAAGAGCGAGCUUGCCCUGACAGAUGAUAGAAGCUCCUCUACAAGCUGAAGCUGUUCGCAGUGUCACUCAUGUGCAGAGAGGGCUUCUAGUCUUUGUGCCGAGCACAAGGAAGAUGAGGAUGUGUCAGUGCUAAUUUAGAUCUUAUCAGAGCCCAAUGAUUAGGGACUAAAGGACCAGACUGGAGGUUUGACAUGACCACAGAUCAGGUACACUGAUAAGUAUCUUCCAAAGCACAGGAUUUCAGGUUUCCUACAGUGCACUGUGAAAAUCAAUGUGCAGAGACAUGCACGUUGAUGUGACGGCCGUCUAGCUGAGCUGAUUCAUACCACUGUCAUGUCUGUGCAGGAAAUAUGUAGCUGAAGCCAGCAGCCGCUUAGCUUAGCUUAGCAUAAAGGCUGGAAACAGGGUGAAUCAAGUAGCCCAGCUCUGUCCAAAGGUAAGAAAAUCUGAAAUCUGAACAUCACUAAUUAAAGUGUUAUAUCUAAAUUGUUUAAUCCGCAAGAAAACAUCUUAAUAUUCAGCUUUAGAGAGGAUGAUAUGAUGAUGAGGGCUGCACGGUGGCUCGGUGGUUAGCAGCGUCGCCUCACAGCUAGAAGAUCCCUGGUUCGAUCCCGCCUGGGAUCUUUCUGUGUGGAGUUUGCAUGUUCUCCCUG